GGAGCAACUUGUUUGCAUGUGGUGUGUCAGGUUUUUGCGCAGGGCGGUGCAGCAGCCGCUUCUAACCGGAGCAGGAGGGCUGGACUCUGGAUCCAGCGCCUCCAGUCUGACAGCGGAUGCCGCAGUUAUUGCGCUCCUGUGUUUGCGCUGCUCUGCGGAGACCGGCUGCUGUUGUGCUUAUGCGUAGCACGAGACUUUGGAGCACGUUUUUCAUGGCUAAUGGCGAAACAAGAGGACUUUCCUUUCAGAAGCCAGACUUUUCAGUACCUGAAACUUGACGUCGGCUGCAGGUAACCCACCUGGAUCUGUCAUGAAGGGACAGAGGAGUCACCAGUUCACAUAUCUAAACUGUAGGAUAUAACUCUUCACUGCGGACAGAAGCUGCUCUGUCUGUCUCCGUUUAUUUUGUUGAUAAGACUGUGUUGUUCCCGUGAGCUCAAUCAUUGAUCAUGGUUGGUGGAGGAGCUGCUGAUGUGGCCCCAACAGCCGCUGUCAAGAUCUUUGCAGCGGGAACAGCUGGCUGUGUGGCAGACCUGGUCACCUUCCCUCUGGACACAGCCAAAGUCAGACUGCAGAUCCAAGGUGAAACCAAGCCCUCACUUGAAGGCCAGAGGGUGAAAUACAGGGGUGUGUUUGGCACCAUCUUCACCAUGGUGAAGACUGAGGGCCCGAGGAGUCUGUACAGUGGACUGGUGGCAGGGCUGCAGAGACAGAUGGGCUUCGCCUCAGUCCGCAUCGGCCUGUAUGACACCAUGAAGCAGUUCUACACCAGAGGGUCAGACAACGCAGGACUCGGGGUUCGGCUGCUGGCGGGCUCCACCACAGGGGCAAUGGCGGUGACCUUCGCUCAGCCCACUGAUGUGGUGAAAAUCAGGUUCCAGGCUCAGGCCCGCCUGCCUGAGAGCGGCUCUGUGAAGAGAUACAACAGCACCAUGGAUGCCUACAAGACCAUCGCCAGGGAGGAGGGCGUGAGAGGGCUCUGGAAAGGUUGCAUGCCAAAUAUAGCUCGUAACGCCAUCGUGAACUGCUCCGAGCUGGUGACCUAUGACAUCAUCAAAGAGCUCAUCCUGAAGUACCACCUGAUGACAGACAACAUGCCGUGUCACUUCACAGCAGGCUUCGCAGCAGGUUUCUGCACCACCAUUGUAGCAUCUCCUGUGGAUGUGGUGAAAACACGCUACAUGAAUUCACCGCCUGGGAAGUACAGCGGUGCUAUGAACUGUGCCUUAACCAUGCUGAUCAAAGAGGGACCCACAGCUUUCUAUAAGGGAUUCAUGCCUUCGUUUCUUCGUCUGGGUUCCUGGAACAUUGUGAUGUUUGUGAGCUACGAGCAGAUUAAGAGAGCUGUCGUAAGAUUUCAACAGUUCUGGGAGUCUCCGCCCCGACCUAUCUGAUAACUGGUUUGGCUCUGAGUUGGUGUUACUGCUGUGGCAAAGCCAGGACUGUCUGUAUCAAGAAGCAUGUGCUUAAGAGAGACAGUGUGGUUAUGGCUGCUGCUGGGCUGGACCUGCUCUCCCUCAGGGAUAUAACUCGUGUGUCUUUUAAAGAAGCUGUACUCAAAAGAAAAACUGCAGGGAUGAUUUAUGUUAAAUUGUUACUGACGUGCACAAUAUAGAUUUUUUUUUAGCAAUGUUUCUUAUAGUAUUUUUAAUCAGCCUUUUUCACAGAAGACAUUUUAAGUAAGAAAAUCACAGGUGUAAAUACUAAGAUCAAUGAUGGCUGAAUUCCAUUUAGCUGCUUCAGUUUCAGGGUCCUGGUAUUGUGCAUGCUGGCUCACUGUCACAACUUACAGAGACACUUAAAUAGAACAGAGGCAUUGAUAAUGUUGUUAGUGACUCUUGCACUUUUCCUAUGAUGACAAGUCAGAAUAUCUGCUGAGAAAAAGACCUGUUUACAGAGUCCAGUCUGGUGUGGAUGUGGAUGCAGGGAUAUUUACAGUGCUGCCUAUCAAGUGCAGUAAUUUAUUGGUUUUCUAUAUGGCCUUGGUUCUGGUUCUGUAUAUCGUGUCUGGUUUCAGGUGAAACUUUACUGUUUUUAUGCAGUCUUCCAUGUGAAUCUUAAGGAUUUAAGGGCUAACAUCAUUGGACUGUGGUAUGGAUUAAAAAAUGAAUCAGUUACUCUUUUGGUCUUAAAAAUGUCAACAAACAAUUUUAUAAGAUGUCUUAUUUUUUCUUACUAACACUCCAAAACCCAAAGAUAUUCAGAUUUACUGUCACAUAGGACAAGGAAGAAGGAAAAGCAGCAAAUCCUCCAAACUGUGAAAUAUUUGUCUAGUUGAUUAAUUAACUAUUAAGAAAGACUAAAUGGCAAUGUUUAACCCUGUCUUCUAGAAAUUACCUUUGUAUGUUACUAAACUGCUGUCUUAAUUACAUUGUCGCUACCUGGACUGUGUUCAAAAGACAACAUUUCUUUCAGGUAACAAAACAUUAAAUUCAUGUAGCAUGCACGCUUCAGAAGAAGGUGGUUAAAGUGGAUGGUGAGUGUAUUAAAUGCAGGUACUUGACACCAGAACUUUAGCUUCGUGUCUAGACUCCUGUCUUAGGUUUACUCAAAAAAGCACUUGGGUUAAGUUAAGAAAAGACUGUGAUUUCUUUUAAAUGUUAACAAAAAAGGAAAAACAUAACGCUGUAGUCACUACAAGUGGAUAAUGUAUUAAAAGACUGCCUAUUUUGGAAUCCUGGUAAGACCAUCCUGAUGACGUGAGCUCAACAUUCUAUUUAGCUCUCUGUUAUGUUGUAAGUGAACAUCUUGUUGAUAUAUUCCAUCUCCAAUUUUUUUCAUAGGUACAUUAAUUAGAAACAUCUCAUUAUUAUAAAAAGACUAAUUUAAUUUGUUUAGCUUUAAGUUAACCUCAAAACAUUUGCUGUUUCAAUUAGUUAUAUCCAAAAGUAAUUUCUAGGAGACAGGACUGAAACUUUAGGUUUUGGAUGUAAAUUUCAACUUAAAUACCCAAAAUACCUCGGAUGUAUUUCAUGCUAUGCAAUCUAUGAAUGUUACAUAUAAUAUAUAUAUAUUAUAAAGUCUUUACGAGAUGAAAUAAUGUGUGCAGCAUUGAAACUGGAACCACAUCAACGAGACAUCCACAAAUUUAAUAAAGUAUGAAUGUAACAAGCCA